AUGGACGAGAAGUUCGCUAACAAAAUGCCACCACGCCGGCCCCAUGACCACAAGAUACCGCUCAAGGAAGAAGAAGAGCCCAGAUUAGGUCCACUCUAUACGAUAUACAGGAUAACCUCCACAAGGGCUUUAUAUAGGUCAGCUCUUCCCUUGCUGGUGCCCCCAUCCUAUUUGUUAAAAAGGCCGAUGGAACACUCCAUCUCUGCGUUGAUUAUUGUGGCCUUAAUGAAUUUACCAUCAAAAACCGCUGCCCGCUGCCGCUCAUCCGGGAAACUCUCGACCGCCUCUCCAAAGUCAAAUAGUACACCAAACUUUAUAUUCGCUAAGGGUAUAACCAGAUCCGAAUGGUUGAGGGUGAAGACUGGAAAACACCCUUUUAUGUUCUGUACAGCCUCCCUUGACGAUAUUCUCAUCUACAGCGACACCUUCGAGGAACAUCAGUUUCACUUGCAAAAUACCACCUAUCUCGACCUUAUUAUUGAACCCAACAGCAUUAAAAUAGAUUCAAGGAAAGUGGAUAAAGUAAAGAAAUGGACCAUCCUCAAAACAGUUAAGGAUGUGCAAGCAUUUCUAGGUUUCGCUAACUUUUACCGCCGAUUCACAGGUGGAUUCUCGGAACUGGCAUCCCUUCUUACCAGACUGACACGCAAGGACAUAUCAUUUGAAUGGACACCCGAAGCCCAAACUACCUUUAACGCUCUGAAAGAAGCCUUCACAACGGCUCCCAUCCUUACCCAUUUCGACCUGGAGAAAGAAAUUAGUGUGGAAACUGAUGCAUCUGACUAUGUCUCUGCCAGUGUACUCUUCCAAUACAAUGAUAAUGGGAAACAAGGAGGGAAACCGGACGCGUUGACAAGAAGAUCAGGAGAUCUCCCUGGAGAGGGGGAUGAAAGGCAAUUACACCAGAGUCAAGUUGUAUUGAAGAAAGAGAAUCUUGACGUAAAGCUAAGUUUGUUGGCGGGUUCUUUUUCAAACGAGCCCACUGAAAAGAACCCUUCACUGAAUAGACUAUUCGAUGAAGGAUAUAGCCCUGACCUGUUUCCAAAAGGGAUACUGGAUAUGCGGAACAAAGGUGAACGACCAUCAAAGGACAUAUCACUCCCCGAAUGCACCGAGAUAGAAGGCCGGUUACUUUACCGAGGUAGCAUAUAUGUACCCGACUACGAUCCUUUCAACCUCCGAAUCCUCCAACUUUACCAUGACGCUGCCUCCGCCGGACACCCUGGACACGAAAAAACAUUUGAACUCAUCAGUCGAGACUACUACUGGCCCCUUAUGCGGAAUUAUAUUGACCGCUAUAUUCGGAACUGCCACACCUCUCAACGAAGCAAACCCAACACCCAUGGAAAACUCAGCGUACUUCGACCUUUACCAAUUCCUGAACAACCAUUGCAGGAGGUAUCAAUGGACUUCGUUACUGGUCUACCGGAGAGCGAAGGGUACGACGCGAUUAUGGUAGUUGUUGACCGGUUAACAAAGAUGCAACAUCUCCUGCCCUGUAAUACCACUGUCAACUCCGAAGACAUCGCCCAAGUAUAUCUGCGGAAUAUAUGGAAGCUCCAUGGGCUAUCCACACAUGUUACCUCCGACCGCGGUACGCAAUUUACAGCCAAAUUCUGGAGGGCUCUCUGUAAAUACCUCGACAUCGAAGCAAGAAUGUCCACCGCCUUCCAGCUGGAGAUCGACAGCCAAACUGAAAGGCCGAACACCGUAAUGGAACAAUAUCUACAAUUCUCCGUCAACAAUCAGGUCUCCACAUCCACCAAAGCUACACCAUUCUUUGCGAACUAUGGUUUCCACCCCCGGUUUACAGUGACGAUCAAAUCGCUUAACAGGACGCCAACAAGCCUCAAUGCUAAGGACUUUGCCUCGAAGAUGAAAGAACUCCACGAACACCUACGUUCCAAUAUCCGCACGGCGCAAGACCAACAAGAGCAGGCCGUUAAUGUCAAACGAACCCCGGCCCCAGAGUACGAUAUCAGCGAUAUGGUGUUUGUUUCAGCAAAAAACAUCUAA